GUGUUUGGAAAACUGCAUGACGCACUGAUAGUCUCAGCGUAUUGUCAAAAGCUUUUUCCAUGUUGUCAAAAUCAACACGCUGUGAUGUGGUUUCAUUUUCGCAGGCUUAAAUGCAGAUGUCUGUGUGACUCACUGUCAGAAACAGACCAGCCCAACACGCGGCGGUAGCCUAUAUAAGAACAAUACAGAGCGUUGUCAAAUUUGACUACCUUGCGGUGCUCAUGAAGACAAUGCUUAGCCUACAGUUAUUCAUGUGACCUCAACAAUGAGCGGGUGACGACUCGGCUUUCGAUAGUUUAUUGUAGCAUUGUUUUGUUUUUAACCAGCGUUUCCUUGGAAUUGGGUCCGAUGAAAAAGCGUUGAUUUAUGCAGCAUGAUUAGGCUAUACUUGAACAUGCAGUUCUGCCAACGGAUUUGUUCAAAUAUUUACACCAGAAAUGUUUGAUGAGGCUUACGAGUAGUUUUUGUCUUCAGCCAUGUGCUCCACUGUCUACCUACUAAAGUCCAAACCCCAGCGAGAGGGAAAUGUAGCCCCUCAGAGCGCCCCAUCUCUUCCUAGGCCUGAUGACAAAUCUGCUGUUGAGGGAGAGCUGGACAUUUGAUAUGAGGACAGAUUUACUCUACUAUUCCAUGCUUUGCACGUCAUUAUCUCUGUAUCUGCUGAUAAUGUUGACAAGACAGAUCAAGAGCCAGUCAGUGUGCAGCAGAGAGAGUGUGGAAAUGGUGAAACAGAUUGCAGCUAAGCUGAACAAUGUGGAAAACGAUUGCAUGAUGUACACUCCAACUCAGGCAAAUUAUAAGAACUGCUCCAAGUCCACAAUUACAUGCUUUGCAUUUGAAGUGAGUGUUUUGUCUGUGGAAAUCCAAGUCGAGAGUUUGGCCUUUCGGCAACUACAAAGGAUUCUAAACAGGGUGACAAAAAGAUUACAGGACGAAAUGGAGAUGAAAUGUCCAGUCUGCGAGCUCUACAAAGAAGAAAGUACAAAGACUUUUUUAAACACCUUGCAACACAUCUUAGAACAGAUGAAUGCUGAAAGAAUCUGUGCUCCAUAGGAAAUGAAAAGAAGAUGCAUCAGGAAAACUUUAAGUACGUGAUCUGAAGGAGCGGUUCUGCAGACACUGAAGUGCUUCUCCAGAGGUGGCAGAACAGACGCCGUAUUCUAAGCUACAAGCAUACUGCGCACAUCUGUAUAUGCAAAGAUAUAUUUUCAUAAAUAAAUUUUAACUUUUAUAGAAUAUGUGCCACAAUUGUGUGCUUUGACAGCAAACUACCUCUAAAUCCAUGACUUCUGUUUCAUUGAUUAUGUACUCUUCUGUUAAACAACAUCUGUUACUUUAGAGUGUCCCUAUUAAAAUGCUUUUAGACGAUAUCUAUUGCAAAUGCUGCUUGAAGAUGUAAAAGUGUAAAUCUGAUUGUGAAACAUCCAUCUUAAUGUCUUUGUGCAAGUGUAAACAUGCCGGUCCUACGCCACCCAACCCACUCUGGGCUGGUAUCGAACUGACGACCUUCCGCAUGGGAGUAUUGCUGGUCAGAGGAGUGAGGUUUAUCUGCACAGCACUUAUUAGCUGGCCUUCGUUACAUAGCAGCUUUGAGACAGCCUUAAAACUGAUUCAUUAAGCUUUUGACUGCAGCCUAUAAAUUGCUGAUAAAUUAUAAUAGACUGUCCCAUCUCACCAUUCAAAUGAGGUUUUCAGAAAGUGGGGAUUAGAGAAACAGGAACUUUGAAAACACCAUUUCUGUAACUGUAAAAUUAGCUUAUACUGCAUUAAAUAUG